GUUAUCGUAUGAAGCGGGAUGGCUAUCAACAACCCAUCGGUGUUUCUGUUGAUGAUAAACGGACAGAUUGAAGGGGCGAAUUUUCCAGAGUAUGAUGACCUGUACUGUAAAUACUGCUUCGUCUACGGACACGACUGGGCCCCCACCUCGGGUCUAGAGGAGGGUAUAUCUCAGAUUACGUCGAAAGCCAGAGACUCUCCUCAGAGAAUGAUCUGGAAUUUUCCUCUGGAGAUCACCUUUAAGAGCACCAACCCAUUAGGCUGGCCUCAGAUCGUGGUAAGUGUCUACGGUCCUGAUACGUUUGGUAACGAUGUGGUCAGAGGAUACGGAGCAACACACAUCCCCUUCACUCCUGGACAGUCAGUAUCUCUCCUCCUCUUCCUCUCUCUUCUUCACUCCUGGACAGUCAGUAUCUCUCCUCCUCCUCUUCCUCUCUCUUCUUCACUCCUGGACAGUCAGUAUCUCUCCUCCUCCUUCUCCUCCUCCUCCUCCUCCUCGCUCUUCUUCUCUCCUGAACAGUCAGUAUCUCUCCUCCUCCUCUUCCUCUCUCUUCUUCACUCCUGGACAGUCAGUAUCUCUCCUCCUCUUCCUCUCUCCAUCUUCUUCACUCCUGGACAGUCAGUAUCUCUCCUCCUCCUCUUCCUCUCUCUUCUUCUCUCCUGGACAGUCAGUAUCUCUCCUCCUCCUCUUCCUCUCUCUUCUUCUCUCCUGGACAGUCAGUAUCUCUCCUCCUCCUCUUCCUCUCUCCUGGACAGUCAGUAUCUCUCCUCCUCCUCUUCCUCUCUCUUCUUCUCUCCUGGACAGUCAGUAUCUCUCCUCCUCCUCUUCCUCUCUCUUCUUCACUCCUGGACAGUCAGUAUCUCUCCUCCUCCUCCUCCUCCUCCUCUCUCUUCUUCUCUCCUGGACAGUCAGUAUCUCUCCUCCUCCUCUUCCUCUCUCUUCUUCUCUCCUGGACAGUCAGUAUCUCUCCUCCUCCUCUUCCUCUCUCUUCUUCACUCCUGGACAGUCAGUAUCUCUCCUCCUCUCCUGGACAGUCAGUAUCUCCUCCUCUCCUGGACAGUCAGUAUCUCUCCUCCUCUUCCUCUCUCCUGGACAGUCAGUAUCUCUCAUCCUCUUCCUCUCUCCUGGACAGUCAGUAUCUCUCCUCCUCACUCCUGGACAGUCAGUAUCUCUCCUCUUCCUCUCUCCUCUUCCUCUCCUGGACAGUCAGUAUCUCUCCUCUUCCUCUCUCCUCUUCCUCUCCUGGACAGUCAGUAUCUCUCCUCCUCUCCUGGACAGUCAGUAUCUCUCCUCCUCUUCCUCUCCUGGACAGUCAGUAUCUCUCCUCCUCUUCCUCUUCCUCUCCUGGACA